CGAAAUUCAGAAGAGAGGGAGAGAGAAGAAAGGAAAGAUAUCAUUUUAUAAGACCCCACAAGCAAGAAGCUCAUUUUAGCCCCCCAAAACGAGAAGAAAUCUCCAAAUGAAGAGGUCUCCUUCUUCUUGCUCGUCCUCUGGUUCAUCCCCAGAGUUUCAUCCCCCACCUCCACCUCCUCCUCUUUCUCCUGCAACUUCUUCUCUUGAGCAAGAAUCCCAGAUCAAACGCCCCAGAAGGAUCAAUCAACAGAAGCCAAGGUACACCUCAAACUCUGGCAAGAGAAGCUCCAUUUACAGAGGAGUCACCAGGCAUAGAUGGACAGGGAGGUAUGAAGCUCAUCUCUGGGAUAAGGGUUCAUGGAAUCCCAUUCAAAACAAGAAAGGCCGACAAGUUUAUUUGGGAGCUUAUGAUGAUGAAGAAGCCGCAGCUCAUACUUACGAUCUUGCUGCCCUGAAAUAUUGGGGUUCUGAAACCAUCCUCAAUUUUCCGUUUAUUACAUAUGAGAAGGAGUAUAAAGCAAUGCAGGGUGUGUCAAAAGAGGAGUACUUGGCAAUGCUGAGGAGAAAGAGCAGUGGCUUUGCCAGAGGAGUAUCUAAAUAUCGUGGGGUUGCCAGGCACCAUCACAAUGGACGUUGGGAAGCAAGGAUCGGUCGUGUUUUUGGAAACAAGUAUCUUUACUUGGGAACUUUCAGUACCCAAGAAGAAGCAGCUGAAGCAUAUGACCUUGCAGCCUUGGAGUACAGAGGCUUGAAUGCUGUGACCAAUUUUGAUGUUAGUCGUUACCUUAAAGAUUUAAAACCACAUUUACAAAGACAACUUCUACAACAGCAAUUUGUGCAUCUUCAGCACCUACAAAGGCAACAACAUCAACUCAUCACCACCCAUCUCCCAGAACCACAAAAAGAAGCCACUCCCCCACCUCAGAUCCCCAAUCUAGAAACACCGGAUUCCGGCAAUCCUAACCAUAAUCAUCAUCAGAAUCUGAAUCAGAAUCAAUCAUCCAAUGUGAUAGAACCUACCAAAGAAGAACACCCAUGGAACCACCUCUGUAUUGAACCCGGGUUCAAUCCAAACCCACUUCCAGUUCCUGGGAUCGCCCUCGAGGAAAAACCGAAUGAAUUGCCGGAGUUGUUCAACUAUUCGGGUUUCGAAGAAAGCAUAGAUUUCUUCUUUGAUGGGAGCGAGGAGAGUGGUAUGAGCUUGGAUGGAAUCUUUGAGAAUUCUGGAGAAUCAGAGAGGGGUUACAUGGUGGUUGAUGAGGAGAAGAAAGGAGGGGAGAGUGGUUUGAUGGGAGAAGGCCUGUCUUCUGCUUCAACAACCACCUCGGUUACAUACCCACUUCCUAUUACCAUUUGCACUUAAAUUAUACAUAUGAUGUGGGAUGAGCCUGGUUUUGAGAUUUGGUAUUGGGGGCUGUGGGUUUAUUUGGGUUUAGUGUUUGGGGCUAUGGGGAUCUGUGUGUGCGCUUGUGUUGGGGCUUGGGAGUGGGGGCAUGUUACUGAACAUGGAAACUUGAAUUUAAAAAAAGAAUAGGACAUGGAUAGGCUUAGUGGGGGCUUAGGGUUUUACUUUAUUUAAUUUUCUCUUCCUGUUUAUGUUUUAAAGAACCGAUGUAGGAAGUAAAUUUUAUUUGAAUAGAGAGUAUUUGUAUUUAA